AGUGCAUCACAGUGACGUCCUGUGCGGAUAGACAGAUAGAUGCCCUUACAGUUGCAAUAAUAGAUCCAUAGCAAUAAUAUUUUCUGGAUGUGAAAAGGGCGUCUGGAGCCUGGGAGAAUCAGCAGCAUGCAGCGGAGCGCCGUGUUCGUGAUGGCGGAUAAAACGAGCCUGAAAAGGCCGUUUAUUUUCGCAAACGCUGUGCAUAUGGCGCUGUGCUUCUUCAUGCUGACGAUGACAGUAGCUUGGCAUAGAGACCUCCUUCUGACUGGCAAACUGGUGUCAAAUGUUUCCGUGGUGAUAAUGUACGUGGUGGAGAUCGGCUGUCUGCUGCUCUCAGUGCUCGGUGUGAUCGGAGCCUGUAAAGGGAAGAGAUGGUGUUUAAUUCUGUAUGCAACUGGAUUGGCAGCAGCCAGUCAAACGAUUAUUGUGAGAACAGCGCUAAGCUACCAAGAUGUGUAUGAGAAACGCGUGGUCCGUGAAGAGGCCAAGUUAUUGUCCAUGAUGCCACUCAGUUCAACCAACAAAGCCAACAGGACCCUGCUGUACAGUAUUCAACAAGAAUUUGAGUGCUGUGGUCUUAUUGAAGGCUACAAAGACUGGGGCCCUACCAUCCCUGCCUCCUGUAACUGUCACUAUCCAGGAAAAUGUAUUCGACUACGAGGCAUCGCCACACUCGGGGCUCCAAAGAACCAGUAUGUUUAUCAAAAGCCUUGCAUACCCGUUUAUGUUUCUGAACUGAAGCUCGCAUUCUCGUUGGCGAUGGCUGUACAAUUUGGAAGUGGAGUAUUUUGGGUGGUGUUACUGGUGAUGAGCAUCAAGCUGAUGGGGCAGAUUCGGAGGAAACAGGAGUUCAUGGCUCUUCUCCAGUCCAACAGAUAUGUCCCCGGGGCCUUCUAGUCACCUCGUAUGUUUUGAUACACACCUCAAACUAUAAUCAAGCAUACCUAAUUUGUAUUUGCACAUACAUAUAACACAAUACGCUGUAUACCAUAUCCUAGCUGUGCUAUAGGCAACAUAUGUUGACAUUAAAAUGUUCUGUUAAUGCAUGUGACUGAUAUUGAAAAUUAACCAACAUGCAAUUAUUUGGCCUUACUGCUGUAAAAACAUUGCAAUUUAAUGAAGUAUUUAAUAAUCAGCACAUUUUCAAAAGCUUUUGUCCUAUCUCUGAAGUUAUUAAUUGAAAUGAAUAUCUUACCAAGCAUUAACCAGCCAUUUGUUUUCUUUGAGUAGCUGGAGUUGACCACAGCGUUUUUCAUGAACAGUAAGUGACGUCUUAUCUGGAUAAUAAUGAGAUGAUAUUUACCUCCAUUUCCUUCAUACCUGGAUACAUUUCGGAGGACUGAUAAUAAUCGAAUUGCAUCUACAGAACCUACAACUUAAUCAAUUAUUAGGUUUAAUUCAACACCUGGACCAACUAUUUAAAUAUUCAUAGUAGUCUUUACAUUACAUUAUUAGUCUUUACAUUACAUUACAUUUCCAGCAUUAGAGCAAGUAAUAAUCUUUGAACAAAUUAUAAUAUUAAUAACCCUUAUGUAGCACCUUUCUUAAACAGUGUUUACAAAGUGCUUUGAUUGAAAUAUAAUCAUUUAUUUAUUAUCAAGCAAUGUAUUUUCUUGGGUGAAUAAUCAGGUUAGACAAUGCAAUGAGCAUCAGCUCACGGAAUGUCUCGAUGCCUUGUUAUGCACAAUGUAUAUUUGACUCUUCAUCCCUCCAUUUAGUUGUUUCUUAAAGCACAUUAAGUCGGGUGUAUUGUACGGUGGCCGACAGAUGCAAACGCGCUUCAACAGUCCAAAAUAUUUACCAUUAGGAAAAACGCACUGCAGCUUCAGAAACGAAAUAUAGAAAGACAAAUGUGUCAAAAUACAUGAAAAAUCAAGAACCAUCUUUACAAACUCAAAAAAAACA